CAGCGGCUAUUGCGAGGGCACAUGGGAAGCUGGCCGCCCGGGGGGAGAACCCUGAGCUUGGAGGAGGCAGGCUGAAAUCAGGGCCCUGCGGUGCUGGGUGCUGGACAGACACAGAGCGAGACAGUUCCUGCCCCAAAGACCUCACAGUCUAAAUAGACCGGAGGAGUGAGGAGAAACUGAGGCACAGCUCAAGGAGGGGACUUUACCACAGUCACACAGCAGGAGAUGGCAGCAUGAUGGAGCAGCCGGAUGCUCCCCUCGGUGUCACCCCUGUGGCUCCGGCCUUCGUCCAGGGGGACGUCCUGGCCACCCAGUUCCUGCAGGCCGAGCUGGAGCAGAACGUGCGUCUCAGGGAGCUCUCCUUCCUCGACCCCAUCUGCUACGUCUACAACCCUCUGGAGUAUGCCUGGGAGCCCCACGAGGACUACGUGAGGAGAUACUGCCGUUCCCCCAAAGAGGUGCUUUUCCUCGGCAUGAACCCUGGCCCCUUUGGGAUGGCACAGACCGGGGUGCCCUUUGGGGAGGUGCGUCACGUCCGGGAGUGGCUGCAGAUCCGCGGGCAGGUGUCUAAGCCGGCCCAGGAGCACCCCAAGAGACCUGUCCUGGGGCUGGAGUGCCCCCAGACAGAGGUGAGCGGUGCCCGCUUCUGGGGCCUCUUCCGCUCGCUGUGCCCUGGCCCUGAGGCCUUCUUCCGCCGCUGCUUCGUCCACAACCACUGCCCGCUGCUCUUCAUGAGCCAGAGUGGCAAGAACCUGACGCCAGCCGACCUGCCGGCCGCCCAGCGCGAGCGCCUGCUGCAGGUCUGCGACGACGGGCUGGCCCAGGCCGUGCGCCUGCUCAGUGUUGCUAUGGUGAUCGGCGUGGGCCGCUUCGCCGAGCAGCGGGCCCGCAAGGCCCUGGCCUCGGCCGGCCUCCAGGUCCGGGUGGAAGGCCUGAUGCACCCUUCGCCCCGCAACCCCCAGGCCAACAGGGGUUGGGAGGCCAUUGCCAAGGCCAGGCUGGAGGAGCUGCAUGUCCUGCCCCUGUUGACGGGCUGAGCUUGGGGCAGGGAGGGCACCCACUGCUGGAGACACUCGCUGGGUCUCAUUCAUGGCCAAUGCUCCUGGCCACCUAGGACAUACAUUUCUAUUGCCGUAGCCGCUGACUAGCGGAUAACAGGAGCCCCAUCCUGAAAGCUGGGGCUUCCUGCACCAACACUACCUCCCCAUACCCCCACCUGGAGUCUUGUUACCCACCAUCUACAUCCCCCAUAGGGAGCUGCAGAGGAGCGGCCUUGGAUCCUGCUCUCAACUGGUGUCUGAUGGAGACAGGGACUGCAGCUUUCAGAUCCUCACGAGCUGGGGGUUUGGUUCAGGUCUGUCUUCAGUUCUGCCACCUGCUGUGGCUGGGACCAGUCCUGGUUGGAACGGCAAGUCAGAUCCUUCCAUCCCCGGCUUGUUAGAAACCAGUUUGGUUCCCAUGCUGCUCGGCCCCCUUCACACUGAGAUGAGCUGGUGUUUGACAUCAGGAGGCAGGUUGGAGUGCUGACCAAUUUACACGAGCCCAGAUCCACCGCCUGGUGUCCUGUUGUGACGGGAUCCCUGGGGUAUGACCUGGAACUGUGGGAUCGCUGUGCCCCCUUAACCAUGUUUUGCCAACUCCCCCAGGGGCUGUUAUCAUUCAGCACCAGCAUGCAGGGACACACCCAGCUAAGUUGCAUGAAUGGUCUCCAAGCCACUCCUGAACUAUGCACAUCUCCCAAGCCCCCAGCCUUGCACCCCAGAAAUAUACCAUCUUACAUUCCUCAAGACCUAUUCUUGAACCAUGCAAGCUCAUUAAUUAGUUUGCCCCUUUGUCAAAGGAUAGGGGACAUGCGCCAGCCUUUGUAAUCUGAGCAGAUUCCCCAAGCACUUUAGACAAACUCAUUGCUAAGGAUAAAACAUGAAAAUAAAAUCUAUCUUCCUGUAGUUAAUAAACUUAAGUGAUUAUCAGUGUUGGGCACAGAGGUCAAAGUUGGUUACAUAAGAAAUAGAAUUUAGACUGCAAGUCUAUUCUUAACUUGAACAGACAAAGAAAGAUUUACAUCAAACAGCUUUUCUCACCCCUCUGGAUGUUGCAGUUCUUAAUACACAGUUCUUUAAUACACAGGUUACAGUUCUUAAUACACAGGCUGGAUCGCUCUCUCAGCCUGGGACCAGUCUCCUCAGUUCA